AUGUCCAGUAUCGCAGCCUGGGCUUUGCCCCGACUCGGUCAGCUUCUUCCAAUCGAUGAGGAGUCACUGUCACAGAUCAUAGAUUACUCUGCCAGUCUAUCCAAAGAGGCCUGUGCCGACCACCUCAAGAACCUCCUUGGAGACUCGCCCGCAGCUCUAGAAUUUAUCUCCUCGUUCAACGCGCGCCAGAAUAGCCGACCGGCGACCUCAUCUACCCCUCCUGUCCAGAAUACGCAAAAUAAUGCGCCGCCAUCAAAUAAUGAGCGACCGAGGGGAAAGAAGAAGAAGGAGAAGAAGCCGCUACAUAGCGCAGGCCCAGUGCGCCGACCAGCGAACUAUGGUGAUGUGGGAGGAGGCUACGUGAAGGCUGACAAGGAAGAGGACUAUAUGGCUGCCAACAAACGGCCCUCAAACCCCAGUCUCUCUGCGCCAGGCCCCUUCAUAUCCUCCCAAUCUCAAUCAACCCUGUCUGCUCCCACGCCGAAACAACCUCCCUCCGCUUCCGGUCCCUUGCUCUCGGACAUGCUUCCAAAUGUGCGAUCAAAAACGAGCAAAACGAAUCGAAAUACUGGAGGUUCAGCAGGCCAAUCAAAAGGCAAAGGCUCUAUCACUACAAAUGAUAUUUCUGACCUGACAGCUGCGAUCGCCGCAUUAGAAGUCUCAACAAAUCCAACCCUAGGUACGGGACAGCGACAAUGCUCCUGCUACGCCACCAUACACCCCCUCUUCGACCCGGCCCCGAACUGUUUGAACUGUGGGAAGAUUAUAUGCUCAUUGGAAGGGUUGCAACCAUGCUCCUUCUGCAGUACGCCGCUCCUCUCCGCAGAAGAAGUCCAAAUCAUGAUUCGUGAACUACGAGCGGAGCGUGGACAAGAAAAGAUGCGCGCUCACAAUGACGGCGCUCAUCACGAUUCCGGCCCUAAACCGACCGGAUCUGCGCUCGCGACACCGAACAACCUGGAUGCAGCCAAAGCCCAUCGCGAUAGAUUGCUCCAAUUCCAGGCCCAGAAUGCUCGACGAACAAAGGUGGUCGACGAAGCGGCUGAUUUCGAGACGCCUAAUGUGGCUUCGACGCUCUGGAUGAGUCCGGCUCAGCGCGCACUUGCGCUGAAAAAGCAACAGCGCAUUCAACGCGAGAUGGAGGAAGCAGCACGUCCAGAGUGGGAAAAGAAGAAGACUGUCAUGAGCCUUGAUAUCAAGGGUGGCAAGGUCCGCAGGGUCUAUCAAUCUUCCGUUGUUGAAUCAACCCCAGAUGUCAUUGAGCCUGAUCCUGUGGAUGUUGGUGCCGAAGGGCCGUCUGAAGGCAAGGGACAUGCUUUCAGUCGAAAUCCGCUUCUUGCCGCUGGAGGUUUGAUGCGUCCUGUUUGGCGCACUCCAGAAGCUAAGGCUGUAGAUGGAGUGGAUCGGGCAGAACGUAAGCAGACAUGGCGACGUGUGCAAGACGAUAAUGAGGAUAAUGAGCAGUGGAUUUUAGAUGGGGGAGUUCGUGGACAUCAAGAAGAGGAAUCAAUAUAG